UUUCUUCGCCCAGUGUGCCGAUUGUUAUGACGGAAAGUGUACUUACCGCGACCAGUGUGCAGCUCCGUUUGACAGCGAUUUGUUGUUUGUAUACAUCUCUCCACCGGAGGAGGAAUUCUGCGAAUACGAGGAAAAUAGAAAUUAACGCUUCAACCGGGAGGAAACCAUGAAUCCAGUAGAUUAAAUCGACAAUACACCGUGAUGCUGAAAUCGAUCGACAAAUGUCCAGGCCUGUACUGUGGCCGUACGGUGCUGGCCAACAGUUCGCUCAGUGAGUGCGGGGCUUGUUUGCGAGGAUUUCGCGUAAACCCGCAGUACGUCUGCACGCCGUGCGACAAGGACCUGACCUCGCACGAUUGGCUGUAUCUUGGCUUUAUGACCAUCCUGCCGUUGCUUAUUCACUGGUUUUGCAUCGAUUUGAAUGCUCACCUGCGGAAGUUCACCAAGGGCGAGCUGAUACUGCACGCCAGCGCGUGUGUGGAAGUGUUCCUGUCCGCGUUCCUAACCAUUCUCUUUACCGAUCCGAUCUGGGAGCUGCGGAUCAAUUCAUGCGGCGUGCAGAAGCUUUCCGACUGGUACACGCUCUUCCACAACCCAACGCCCAACUAUGAGACGACGCUGUACUGCACCCAGGAAGCGGUCUAUCCCCUGCAAACGAUGAUAUUCGUAUUCUACCUGUUCUGCGUAACCUUCAUGAUGAUCAUUCGGCCUGGGUUGAACGUAAAGUUCUUGCCGUACCGCGGCAAGCUGGCCGUUUACUAUGCGCUCUACAUUUUCCCCAUCUUGGCACUGCUGCACGCUGUCGCCGGGGGGCUAAUUUAUUACUCUUUCCCAUAUUUGAGCAUUCUGAUUUCGCUCGUGUCCAACGCGCUGCACUUCUCGUUCAAGCUGGAUCAAACGAUGAAAUGGCUGCUGGAAUCAUCGAUCACACAAAUGCGAAAUGCUACCAUCAUACUUGGUCAUUGGAUUCUGUUGGCGUACGGAAUCAUAUCGAUACCAUACGAAAUCUCGUACUUUUCUCUGCUGCUAGUACCAGCCCCGGCACUGUUCUACAUUUUCACUGCCAAGUACACGGAUCCAGACAAUUUCAAGUAGUGGCCGCAUACCGGUUUCGGCGGCGAAAGUCAAGGUUCGCUUCAAAUAAAUUUGUGAUAGGAAAAUUAGGAAAUAUAUUCUACAGUUGUAAUCUUUCGAAA